AUGACCAAUCAACACAAUGAAUCAACUAUGAAUAAUAUCUACUUGAAAGCCAGCCAUGCUUUGGCCAGUAUUUCCUUGGACACAUUCUUCAAUCUUAAUCCAACUCCUUCCGUAAGACGAUAUCCAAACAUCGAGUCUUUCAAGCAUGGAUUUGUUGCAUUAAAUGAAAAGCUGUACAAGGAAGCGAAAAAGAAACAAAUAAACCAAGAGGAGGAUGGAUGUUCAGAAAGUCCCAGACUGAGGAGAAACCAUUUACUAGUCCUGGAGGACAGACCAGUCAGUCGCAAACUGAAAUGUAAGAUUGGGAGGAGUGCCAUGAGGUAUUUGCACUCACACAGUAUUAUAAAGCUGUUCAAUGGAUUCUUCUGUCUCUUUGAGUACCAUCACAGAGUGUUUGAAGUCCAUCCUUACAUAUUCCAACAGUACUUUAGUACUAUUUUUACUGUUUUUGCCUCAAUGAAAAAGACCAAGCUUGAGAACGUGUUUAGAGAAGUGUGUGGCAGUCCAAGAAUGCAAGAGUUUUAUGAAGAUCUGUACAAAAGCUGGGAGGAAGAAAUGAACAACAAUGAAAAGGAGAUUUUACUGCAGAAGAAAUAA